AUGAGUCAAAUCACUUUGCAGCCAGUAGGCCUUGUAGACGCCGAAAAGCGUUACUGGGGACAGAAGAUUUCCACAAGUUCCAUGGAGAGAUUCAAAGAUCUCAGUAGAGCUAUCCCGCCUGACUUCCAGAACUAUCUUUACAUGAUGGGCGGAUCAAAAUACUUUCCUUCGGGCUAUCGUUCUUACAAUGUUCCAGCUGCUGCCAAAGUCCUCUUUGCAAACUAUAAAGCAUUACAAGACAUGGGCGAGAAAAUUGAUAAAAGUGUUCUCCCAGCGUAUGGGCGACUAAGAGAGCGUUUUCAUAGUUACGCGACUGAGGCACAUGGACAUUACACCGAGGUCCUAAGCCUUUUGGAUAUAAUUAUGGCGGACAUCUUGGGAAAUCCGCCGUCAAAAUUCGCAGAUUGUCAGAAUCUUCGUGUUAUUGUCGAACCCCGGACAGAUCUAAGUUUUCGGAUGAAAGAUAAUGCUUCUGGAAUUAUCACGGAUCUACUGAGGGUCAAUUCGGUACUCAAAGCAUGUAUUAAGAAUAUCAACCAGAGCGUUGCCGACUUGAAAAUAUUUGUCGUGUUUACUCCUGAGGAGCAAAGGCAGGUUGAUAAGAUGAAUAUCACAGGUUUCGCCGAAAAAUAUGUUCUGUCAAAGCUGGGUUUUGAGCCCUUAGCAUCUUUGACCACAAGUAGAGUUCAAGAUGCAAUCAAUGAUAUAGCACCUGCAAUCACUGAGAUGCAGGAAGAACUUGGCAGAUGGGAAGCUAUCAAUAGUGACCUGCUUGCUAUCGAAGACCUUAUUAAUGAGGAAGAGACGACCAUUAUUGAAAUCAUAGCCACGUUAGACAAUGAGCAAAUUCUUGAAAGAUGGAUGGAGCUUGGUGACAUAGUCUGCUGUGAAGAAAAUCCACAAAAUGUCGAAAAUCCCGAUAAUGAGGAGUGA